AAAAGAAAAAAAAUAGAAUAACAAAACUAUGGAAACAACGUGAAAUAUAAGAUUUUAGGUUAAAAUCAUUCAAUUACAAAGCCAAUUAUAUGAAAGAUAGGAGUGAAAGAUAGGAAUAUUAUGUGAAAAUGGUCCACCGUGUUCAAUUGAGUCAAAUGGUUUGGUUGUCGUAUUUCCGCAUGGCCUUGUGUAGUAUUUACUUAGGAUUGUCCUUGGUCUCAUUAUAAGAUUAUUCUUGCUGUAUAAGCUCAAGCACAGUUUCAACAAGAGGUGUGCGUGUUGAAAUACAUCAACAUAAUAUUCUAUUUCAUUUUAUUUCAUUUUGUUUGUGAUUGCUAUCAGCAAAUAAGAAAUAUUUUUAUCUCUAUAAACACUGUUAAUAUGGUCUGUUGUCCUAACACGUGUCUACUAGUACAGAUAAAUCGCAUCUGGUCACGUUACAGCCUUACAUGAUUAUAGGUUCUUACGAUACACUUGCAUAACUCUAAAAUGAAGGCUAUUCCUUUAUCCAAAAUCUAAAACGUCCAGUAUCGGAAACUUGGAAACGUGACUUAUUAACGAGUUGCGUAUAAAAGCAAACAACAGAGUGUCUCUCUCAUUCGAUCGUUAAGCGGUACCUUGAACAAAAUGAAAUUUGCGCUUGUUAUUUUCGUACUUUAUGCGGCGGAUUGUCUUGCCCAAAGCAAAAAUAUCGUCGAGCUUGCGGAAGAACUAGGCGCCACAACAUUAGUUUCGUAUGUGAAGGCAGCCGGUUUAGAGAGUGCUUUAAAAGGGAAUGGACCGUUUACAGUUUUUGGACCAACCAAUGCAGCAUUUGAAGCUCUUCCCGCUGCAGUUAAAGAUAAGUUGACUAAAGACAAAGACCUUCUGAAGAAAGUGCUGGAGUUUCAUGUCGCUAGUGGUAAAGCAUACUCAAGCCAACUGUCUAACAACAUGAUGGUUCAGUCACUGGAUUCUACAUUAAGUAUAAGAGUGAACAUCUACCAGAAAGAGUCGAAGCAAGUUGUGACAGUAGAUGGAGCUGAAGUCGUGAUGGUGGAUCAAAAUGCUACAAAUGGUGUUAUUCACGUGAUUGACAAAGUUAUGUUCCCAUUGCCGAGUGAAGAUAUCCCAAAAACAGUAGCAGCAACACCAAACCUCAGCACACUUCUUUAUGCUGUAGCUCAGGGACAACUGGCUGGCCCAUUGGCUGGAAGUGGUCCAUUCACUCUAUUUGCGCCAAACAAUGCUGCCUUUGACAAACUUCCACCAGGUGCUCUUAGUGAUCUCCUUAGUAACCAAACUGCUCUUGUCGCUGUAUUGAAGUACCACGUGGUUGUCGCAUGUGACUACAGUGCUGGUUUAUCGUCGGGAUCAGUUCAGACCUUGGAGGGAAAAUCAGUUACAAUUGCAGUAACUGCAGAUGGCGUGACGGUUGAUAAUGCAAAAGUUGUAACGGCAGAUAUUCCAACCAGCAACGGUGUGAUACAUGAAAUUGACACAGUAUUACUGCCACCAAAAUAAACAUAGAACACAUAGUUUUAUUUUCUGUUUAACUGUUGUACAAAUAUAUUUGAUAAAUUAUGUUAUUUUGUAAUAAACACUUAAAAUAUUUGUAUCUCUUGUACUGUUUUACGGCGAAAACUGGCCACGAGUUCUUGAGACAACAAUAAUUCGACCAGUACAACGCUUUUGUUAAUGUCAUUUCAACUGUAUAUAAAAAGAAUGAACCUUCCUAGUGCACAACAAAGCGUAGGAACGAUUUUAUACCCAUCUGUUUAUUAUUAUGUGGUGACAUACAUCCAUGUCCUGGACCCUCAGCAGAGUCAGAUUUUUCCACCACACAUGAUGACUUCAAAGUAUUCCAUAAGAGAGGUUUACAUUUCAUCCACAUAAAUGUUCGAAGUUUAAUACCUUAACUCCAUGAAGUCCAACUAUUAGCCAAACAAACCAGAGCUGCAUGUAUUGGUGUUUCUGAAACCUGGCUUGACAGUUCAGUUCCAGAUUCUGAAGUUUCCAUACCAAAUUAUUGUAUUCAACGUAGGGAUCGGAAUCGUCAUGGCGGUGGUGUCUGUAUAUAUAUUCACAAGGAUUUGUCGUAUAACAAUAGAACUGACCUUGAACAUGAAGAUUUAGAGGCUACUUGGAUCGAACUGUUGUUACCAAAAUCUAAGCCAAUAUUAUUUAGUGUUUUAUACAGACC